UUCUUGCAGGUCAAUGUAAGAGACAAAUAUUUACAUCAUUUGUCACACUGAUUAGCGUUUUUAAAGAAGUCUUAUUAUAGUUGCUAUGGCAAACUCAGAACUCAUGCACAACAUGGGCCCUGACCAGAUUUUGCCUGCCAGCAGUCACAAAGGUUGGGAGGCAAAUUCUGCCGUGACGCUGCAGAUGAAAGCGUCUGGCCCCACGUCAGCCAAACCUAUCUCUGUGUACAGCUUCCUGCAUAAAAUAGCUGAUCAGUACCCCACUCAGAAGGCCCUGGCAGUCAAAAGAGAUGGAGAUUGGAAGUACUGGACAUAUGAAGAAUACUUCAGGGACAGCUGCACCAUAGCUCGAGCUUUCAUCAAACUGGGGCUCGAGCAACAUGGCGGUGUUUGUAUUAUGGGCUUCAAUGCUCCUGAGUGGCUGCUUGCUAACUUUGGAGGCAUUUUUGCUGGAGGCAUCACUGCUGGCGUGUACACCACCAACUCCCCUGAGGCGUGCCUACACCUUGCUAAAGAUUGUCGUGCACAGAUCAUUGUUGUGGAGAAUGACAAAUAUCUGGAGAAAUUCCUGGCUAUCAAGCAGCAACUUCCUGAACUCAAAGCCCUGAUUCAGUGGAGCGGCACCCCCACUGCCCCUGGAGCGCUGUCAUGGCAGGAGCUCCUGCAGCUUGGCUACGAUGAGCCUGAGGAGCCGCUGCAGGAGCGACUCAAGCGCAUGGCGGUCAACCAGUGCUGCACUCUCAUAUACACCUCAGGAACGACUGGCCCUCCUAAAGGGGUGAUGUGCUCUCAUGACAACCUCACCUGGACCGGCCAGCAGUACGGACUGUUCACUUUUGACCUCAAGAUAUGUGAGGAACGCUUCGUGUCAUACCUUCCGCUGAGUCACCUCGCCGCCCAGAUGACGGAGAUCUACAUGGCUGUCAGCAUUGCGGCCACCAUCUACUUCGCCCUCCCUGACGCACUCAAGGGUUCCCUGGGCGUCACCAUGAAGGAGGUGCAGCCCACGGGGUUCCUGGGUGUGCCCCGUGUGUGGGAAAAGAUACACGAGAAGAUGGUGGAGGCUGGGCGCUCCAGCGGGGGCCUGACGCUCCUGGCCGCAGGCUGGGCUAAGUACCACGGCCUCAACUACUACAAGGCCCUGCAGGCAGGCAGGUCGCUCUCUUGGUACGAGUGGCUGCAAUACAACCUCGCCAGGACGCUGGUGCUCAACAGAGUCAAGGAAGCCCUGGGCCUCUACCACGCGCACAACUUCGUGUCCGGCAGCGCACCCAUCGGCCUGGAUGUGCUGGAGUUCUUCCAGUCGCUGGACAUGCCCAUCAUGGAAGGCUAUGGGCUGUCGGAAAGCCUCAGCAUCGGCACCAUGGGACUCCUCAAGACGGGAUAUUUCAAGCCUGGCACCGUCGGCAAGGUGCUGUCGGAGCUGACAUCGAUGAAGCUGCGUCCAAGCGACAUGGCAAACAAGAAGCAGGAAGGCGAGGGCGAGAUUUGCUUCAAAGGCCGCAACGUCUUCAUGGGCUACCUCAACCUGCCUGACAAGACUCACGAGACGAUCGACGAUGAUGGGUGGCUGGCGUCAGGCGACCUGGGGUGGCUAGACGCUGACGGCUUCCUGCACAUCAGCGGCCGAGUAAAGGAACUUGUGAUCACCGCCGGUGGAGAGAACAUCCCGCCUGUCAUUAUUGAGGAGUGCAUCAAGAAGGAGCUGCCCAUCCUGUCCAACGCUAUGGUUAUUGGAGACAGGAGGAAGUUCCUGAGCAUCCUGCUGACCGUCAAGUGCCACAUGGACGAGACGACGGGCGCCCCGCUGGAGACACUCGCCUCGCCCGUCAGGUCCUGGUGCUCGGAGCGCGGCCUUCAGAUCGCAACCGUGGCGCAGUUCAAGAAGGCGUCCGAGGACAGACGAGGCCUCGUGGCCCAGGCUAUCCAAGCGGCUAUUGACAAGUACAACAGGGACCACGCCAUCUCUAAUGCCCAGAAGGUGCAGCGCUGAGAUGCUU